GAUACCGUUUGAAACGUGUUUUCUUUUAAAAUUAUUUUCAUUGUUAUUUGAAAUUUAAAUUCUUGUAAUGUUAGUUAUUCAUACUCAAGUUAAGUUAAUACUAAAAAUAUAAAAAAAUUUAACUAAAUUAUUUACUUUCAAUGAAAAAAGAAAAAUAUGAAAUCACAUAUGUAAGACAUUGGAGUUCACAUAUAAUAUAAUGUAUUAUACCAAGGCAACUUUGUAUAAUAUGUUAUGUAAAAACUAGUCACUCAUUUAAAAUUACAGAAUGUUGCAAAUUUCAUUUCCAACCAUAAAACAAUGUAUUUAUGCCACUUUAUGCCGAUAUUACAGUCAAAGUAAAAAUGAUUUGUCUUUAUUACGAAAUAUUGGUAUAUUAGCUCAUAUUGAUGCUGGUAAAACUACAACAACCGAAAGAAUGCUUUAUUACUCUGGUAUAAUUCGCAGUAUGGGGGAAGUACAUGAUGGAAACACUGUAACUGAUUACAUGGAUCAGGAAAGAGAUAGAGGUAUUACAAUAACUUCUGCUGCAGUCACAUUACCAUGGAAAAAUCAUAAAAUUAACCUUAUUGAUACCCCUGGUCAUAUUGAUUUCACUAUGCAAGUAGAACAAACAUUAAAUAUUCUUGAUGGAGCAGUUAUUGUAUUAGACUCCUCAGCAGGGGUUGAAGCACAAACUAUAACUGUAUGGCGACAAGCUGAUCGAUAUGCAAUACCACGGAUUGUAUAUGCUAAUAAAAUGGAUCGUCCUGAUGCUUCAUUACCAUUAUGCAUAGACCUUCUAAAAUCAAAAUUUGGUAUAACUCCACUGCAACUUCAAAUACCAGUAAAAGAUAAUAGUGGUCGUUUAUUAGGGUUAAUUGAUGUUAUAACUAAAACUUUAUUAACAUGGCAUGGGGCAAGUGGUCAAAAAAUAGUUUCAUCUACAAUUGAAGAGAACACCAAAACAUGGGAAACAAUGCUUAGGGUUAGAGAAAAACUAAUAGGUGAUAUAAUUGAUAUAGAUGAAACUAUAGCUCAUUUAUUUUUAAAUUCAAAUGAUGGUAUUGAUUCAAUAAAAACUGAUGAAUUAAUGGCAUCUUUAAGACGAAUUAGUGUAACACAAAAAGGUGUUCCUCUAAUUUGUGGUAGCUCUUAUAAAAAUAUUGGUGUUCAAUCUUUAAUGGACUGUAUUGUGAAUUUUCUGCCAUCUCCAAAUGAGCGCAUAACUUUAGAUAUUUUUAAAGUAUUUGGAUCUUCAAUGUCUGCUAGAGCAUUUAAAGUAGUUAAUGAAAAACAAAAAGGACCAAUAACUUUUUUAAGAAUGUACUCUGGAAAAUUAGAAAAGAGUCAAAAACUAUACAAUGCUACACAAAAAAAGUCUGAAAAUAUAGGACGAGUAAUGAUUCCUUAUGCAGAUGAUUAUAAAGAAGUUGAAAAUGCACAAGCUGGUGCUAUUAUUGCUGUUACUGGAUUAAAGAACACAAUAUGCGGUGACUUUUUAACAAGUAGUGGUAAUGCAUUAAAAAGUGCUCUAAACAAAUUAGCAAUAUCUAAUAAAUUAACACAAGAUGAAUCUAUCCAAAAACUUGGAGUUGACUUACAUGUGCCAGAUCCUGUAUUUUUCUGUUCUAUAGAGCCUCCUUCUCAAUCUUACCAAUUAGCUUUAGAAAAUGCAUUAAAACAAUUACAAAGAGAAGACCCUAGCUUGAAAGUGCAGUAUGAUGAGGAAACCGGUCAAACUAUUUUAGCUGGUAUGGGUGAACUACAUCUAGAAAUCAUUGGUGAAAGAAUUAAAACUGAAUAUAAAAUUGAUAUUGAUCUUAGUCGUCCUCAGAUUUCAUAUAAAGAAGGUAUAUUAACAACUGCUAAAGAAUCACAUAAACUUGAUUUAAAAAUAGGUUCCACAUUUCACAGCGCUUAUGUAAUAAUGUCUUUAUUAGAAGCUGAACCCAAUAAGAAACUUAUAUCAUUAGAUAAUAGCCCUGACAAUGCUUCUAAUACUUCUGCAAUACACUUAAAUAAAUUAAAUGUCAUUACAUCAAGUGCAAAAGCCGCAUUAACACAUGGACCAAAACUUGGGUGCCCAGUGAAUAAUGUUAGAUUUAUUCUUCAUUGGUUAGAAUUAGGCAAGGGGACGUCUGAUACAGUUUUAAGUUCAGCUGUGAAUCAAUGUGUUCAUAAAUUAUUGAAAUCUGCUGGAACAAAACUGUUAGAACCAAUCAUGAGUGUUGAAGUUGUAACUGACGAACAGAAUUCAUCUGUGGUGCUAUCUGAUUUUGGACGUAGAAGAGGAUCAAUACAAGAUAUAAUUAUUAGGUCAAAUAAUCGGGUGAUAUCUGCUCAUGUACCACUAGCUGAAUUAUUGGGCUAUUCUAAAGAUCUUAGAACAAUCACAUCUGGUGCAGCUUCAUUUUCUAUGGAAUUUUAUGCUUAUCAAGAAGUAUCAUCUAAAGAUGAAGCCCAAGUUGUUAAAAAUGUUACUGGUUUCUAUCCAUGUUAAUGAUUGAAAUUAAAGUAGAGAUUAUUUUCACAUUUUGUUUUUAAAUAUAAUAAAUUAAGUGAAAAAUUAAUUAUAAUAUUAAAAACUUGAGAUCAAUA